AUGGUUGCCACGUCCGCCACCUCGUCGAGAAGCACAAGUCACCGUGGCAGCAGCCAUCCCCAGUCACAGCCCGCAGAUGGCACCCAGCCAUGCACGCCGGGCCAGCGCUUUCACGACGACGUAGCAGCCGCCUGCCUCGCCGCCUACCACGCACUGCCCGCAAAGGGCGCCAAGCCAGCCCGUCGCACAAACUCGCGGCUGGAAUGGACCAUCCUCGCCGGUCUCGUCCUUAGUCGGUCAGACGACGACGUCGGCCCGCCGUGCUCGCCCCGCUGCUGCACCGCCGAGCACGAGCACCACUUUCUCGCCAUCUCGAUCGCAACGGGCCUCAAAUGCCUGCCCUACGACCGCCUGCCGCUCAACGGCGACGUGCUCCACGACACGCACGCCGAGGUGCUCGCGAGGAGGGGCGCGCGGACGUGGCUCCUCGCCAAGCUCGACCAGGAGGUGCAUGCGGCGCAGCUGGCCCCGGUCGCUGCCACGGGCGCUGCACCAGACGUGGCGAGCGUCGACUACGGUCUCUGGGCAUCCAUCUUUGAGCGGAGUCCAAAGACGGCAAGGUGGCGGCUGCGGCACGGCAUCGGCCUCCACUGGUACGUCUCGGCCAUGCCGUGCGGCGAUGCCUCGUCGCAGCUGCUCGCCUUUCAGCAGGCAAAGCAGGACCAAGAGGCGGGCGUCCAAGGUACGAUCACGCCCGAGCAGCUCCUCGACCGCUUUGAGGGCAUCGGCGCGCGGCACGGCGACACCGAUGGCUCUGUCGCGUCGUUGGGCCCCGCCACCGCCUCGACGCCCUCGCGCGGGAGAGCGGCUGGCGGUGGAGGCAGCGCCACGCUCCGCACCAAGCCCGGCCGGCCAGACUCGCCGCCGUCGAUCUGCAUGUCGUGCUCCGACAAGCUAGCCCUGUGGGCCCAGCUCGGCAUCCAGGGCUCGCUCGCCUCGGCGGUCCUCGAGCCCAUCCGCCCGCACUCCAUCAUCAUGGGCGACGAGGCGCUGCGACAGGUCCUUCCGUCCGAGGGCGACCAGUUCCGCCGGUUUCGCGCCGUCCUCCUCGCGGAGUGCAAGCGCGCAAUCUCCUUGCGGCUUGAGCGAGCUUCGGAUCUUCCAUCGCCAGCUGUGGCCUGGACGUCGGUUGCCUUUGUGGACUCUCGCGAGUCGGUGGAGCGGCGGACGAGGGCAGAGAUGGCGAGACAGUCGACCGGGCGCUCUUGGAGCGAGUGCGAGCCGGUGCCGUGCGCCGGAUCGAUCCUCUGUUCGCCGCCGACGGCGCCGGGCACGGCGGGCUUGUACGAAAACCUCGUCGGAGGGACUCGGAUGGGCGCACCGGCCCGGCACCGAGCCCCUCGUGACCCGCUCAAGCCGUCGUCGAGGUCGCGCGUGUGCAAGCUCGACUACUACCGGGAGGCCACGUCGAUCCUCGCUCGGCUGCGUCCCGACCUCGGGCCGGCGGCAGGCCGAUCCUACCUGGACGCCAAGCACCGCCUCGACGACGGCGGCGUGCGCGCGUACCGCCAAGCAAAGGCGCUGCUGGUGGGCGGCCGGUGCAACGACAAGCGGGAUGCGUUGCUCGAGUCGCUCGCCGCCGAGUUUGUCACCAGUCGCAGGAUCCCCGUGCGGCACUCGGCGGCCGCAGAGGUCUCCGUGGAGUGCGACGCGGCGCCACCACAAGCGGACGGUUUGGCCCGACCCGACGUCCCGCCAUUUGCUGCGUGGCUCGUGACGCCGUCGCGCUACGAGCACUUCGACAUCGAGGGACGGAUCCUCGGGCCGGCGUCGUCGUAG